AUGCCAGGGGGGCAGUACCAGGUGUCCACCAGGAGGAGGACUCUCCACAGCCGCUAUAGCCUGUCAGUCAGCUCGUUAGGUCGGCAGGAUGAGGAGGAGGAUACCCCGCCACCAUGCCUCAGCCCUCUGGAGAAGCUCACCACCAAAAUGUGUCAGGAUGAGCAGACCAUCAAGGAGCUGAUCGUGGGCCGUAGGAUUGGCUUCUACAAGGUCCGUGGUGAGAUCGGCUCUGGAACCUUCUCCCACGUCAAAAUGGCCUUCCACUCCCUCACCAAAGACAAGGUGGCCAUCAAGGUGCUGGAUAAGAUGCGGCUGGAUGUUCAGGACCAGAGGCUGCUCUCCAGGGAGAUCUCCAGCAUGGAGGCCCUGCAGCAUGCCAAUGUGGUGCGUCUGUACGAGGUGGUCGAGUCACACAGCCGACUCUACCUGGUGCUGGAGUAUGCCGGGGGAGGGGACCUCCACACACACAUCUGCUCCGAUGGCAAGCUGUCAGAAACCGAGGCCAAGAUCACCUUCGCACAAAUCCUAUCCGCCAUCAAACACAUGCACGACAAAAACAUAAUCCACCGGGACCUGAAGGCUGAGAAUGUACUGUACACCUGUAAUGGCUGUGUGAAGGUGGCUGACUUUGGCUUCAGCACCAGGGUCACCAACUGCAGUGACACCCUGGACACCUUUUGUGGCUCUCCCCCCUAUGCCGCGCCUGAACUCUUCAGGGACGAGUGCUAUGUGGGGCCGCCAGUGGACGUAUGGGCCAUGGGCGUCCUGCUCUUCUUCAUGGUGACUGGCACCAUGCCCUUCCGAGCCGACACCAUGGGCAAGCUGAGGCUCGCUGUUAUAGAGGGGGUCUACACCCUCCCGCCCUGGGUGCCAGGCCCGUGCCAGCGGCUGAUUCGGGGCAUCCUGAAGCCUGUGCCAGCGGAACGCUAUGCGGUGGACCAGAUGCUGGGCUGUGACUGGCUGCUUCCUGUGGAGUACCCGUGGACUGUGGUGCCACCGGUCCCCCUCAACCCUCUGCGCCUGGCGGAUGCAGAGCCUGGGGAGCUGGAUGAUGAGGAGGAGGAGAUCAGGGCCUCCCUUGAGGAGCUGGGUGUCAACAUGGAACACAUACGCAACAACGAGGGCAAGGACAGCCGCAGCCCCAUCACCGGACUUUACCGCAUCCUCUUACACCGCGCCCAGAAAAGGCGUGGCGCUGAGACUGUGCCUGUGGUCGGAGGGUUGGUCCGGGACCCUAAGAGAGAGGGCCUCCGAGCUUACAGAAGUCUGAUGCACUCCUCCAGGUUAUGUGUCCUUCAGUAA